AAGGACACGCUGCGCUCCCCGAGUCUCUCUCCACACUGAACAGCGACACACACUCACACACACACUGAACCCUGUUCUGCAAGAUGUUGUUCAGGCAGCAUGUGAUGAUGCUGUGAGGACUGAGUCUCUCACGUUACUGUCUGAGCUGUAGCGAGUUGAACUAGUGAACCGAGGAAGAGGCUCCAGCUGGACCAGCUGCUCUUUGUUCCUUUACUCUGCUGAAAAGCGCCGAGGAGGUGAAGAAAUAAGUGAGUGAGUGACUCCACACUGUGACCAUCUGCGAAGGAGAACUUUGUCACCAUGAGUUCCGACAAGAAAGUGGAGGAUGAGGCCGUGUUGGACAGAGGAGCGACCUUCGUCAAACACGUCUGCGAUGAGGAGGAAGUUGAAGGUCACCACACUGUCUACAUUGGCGUGCAUGUUCCAAAGAGCUUCCACCGCAGGCGACGACACAGACGCAAGUCGAGCCACAAGGAGAAGCGAGAGCGAGUGGAGCACAGCGCGGAGGGAAACAAGUCUGACGGGGAGACCGCAGAUGAAGCCACCACAAACAUCCUCAAGCCUCUCAUUUCUCCAGCUGAGAGGAUCAAGUUUAUCCUGGGAGAGGAGGAUGACGGCCCGCCACCCCCUCAGCUCUUCACCGAGCUGGACGAGCUGCGGUCUGUGGACGGACAGGAGAUGGAGUGGAAGGAGACGGCCAGGUGGAUCAAGUUUGAGGAAAAGGUGGAGAAGGGAGGCGAGCGCUGGAGUAAGCCUCACGUGGCCACGCUGUCCUUGCACAGUUUGAUGGAACUGAAAACGUGCAUCGAGAAGGGAACCAUCAUGCUGAACCUGGAAGCCUCCACACUGCCGCAGAUUGUGGAGAUGAUCACCGACAACCAGAUUGAGAUUGGUCAGUUGAAAGCAGAGCUCAAGGAGAAGGUCAUGUACACGCUGCUACGGAAGCAUCGCCACCAGACCAAGAAGUCCAACUUGCGCUCUCUUGCGGACAUUGGCAAGAGUGUUUCCAGUGCAAGUAAACUGUUUUCCCACCCGGAAAAUGGUAGCCCGACCACUGCCCAUCGAAACCUCACCUCCAACAGCCUGAGUGACUUCUCUGACAAACCAGAGAAGGAUCAGCUGAAGAACAAGUUCAUGAAAAAAUUGCCACGCGAUGCCGAAGCGUCGAACGUGCUGGUCGGGGAGGUUGAUUUCCUGGAAUCCCCCUUUGUUGCGUUUGUUCGUCUGCAGAACGCCGUCAUGCUGGGGGCCCUGACUGAGGUCCCUGUGCCCACAAGAUUUCUCUUUGUGCUGCUGGGCCCGAAAGGUAAAGCAAAGUCUUAUCAUGAGAUUGGAAGAGCCAUCGCCACCCUGAUGUCAGAUGAGGUAUUCCAUGACAUUGCCUACAAAGCGAAGGACAGGCAGGACUUGUUGGCUGGCAUCGAGGAGUUCCUGGAUGAGGUCAUCGUCCUGCCGCCUGGCGAGUGGGACCCCGACAUCCGGAUAGAGCCGCCCAAGUCUCUGCCGUCCUCAGACAAGAGGAAAAACAUGUACACCGGACUAGAGGGUCCUCAGAUGAAUGGCGACACUGCCCAUGAUGCGGGACAUGGAGGGGGAGGAGGUCACGAGGUCGGGGAGGAACUGCAGUUCACCAGAAGGUUCUGUGGCGGUCUCGUCCUCGACAUCAAGCGCAAGCUGCCGUUUUUUGCCAGCGACUUCUACGACGCGCUGCAUAUCCAGUCCCUGUCUGCCAUCUUGUUCAUCUACCUGGGCACGGUCACCAACGCCAUCACGUUCGGAGGCUUACUUGGCGACGCUACGCGAAACAUGCAGGGAGUGUUGGAAAGUUUCCUGGGCACAGCACUGACGGGAGCAGUGUUCUGUCUGCUGGCCGGACAACCACUGACUAUUCUGAGCAGCACAGGCCCCGUGCUCGUCUUUGAAAGACUCCUCUUCAACUUCAGCGAAGACAACAACUUCAACUACCUUGAGUUCCGGCUGUGGAUUGGCCUGUGGUCGGCGUUCUUCUGCCUGGUGCUGGUCGCCACGGACGCCAGCUUCCUGGUGCAGUACUUCACGCGCUUCACCGAGGAGGGCUUCUCUGCGCUCAUCAGCUUCAUCUUCAUCUACGACGCGUUCAAAAAGAUGAUCAAGCUGGCUCACCACAACCCCAUCAACACCGAGUUUGACCACAACCACGUCACGCUCUACCAGUGCCGAUGCGAGCCUGGAAACUCAUCACUAGAUGUCCCUCCCUGGUCAAAUGAUACUGAUGUGCCAGUGAACGCCACCUGGGGGUCGCUGAGCCUGGAGCACUGCCUGAAGUACGGAGGCGAGCUGGUCGGAGACACCUGCGGCUACGUGCCCGACAUCACCCUCAUGUCGUUCAUCUUGUUCUUCGGGACCUACAUCUGCUCCACGGCUCUGAAGAAGUUCAAGACGAGCCGCUUCUUCCCCACCACGGUGAGGAAGCUCAUCAGUGACUUUGCCAUCAUCCUGACCAUCUUCCUCUUCGUCGGCGUGGACGCCUUCGUCGGCGUGGACACUCCAAAGCUCAUCGUGCCAAGUGAAUUCAAGCCCACUAGUCCAGACAGAGGCUGGUUUGUUCCUCCUUUCGGGGGAAACCCUUGGUGGGUUUACCUGGCAGCUGCACUCCCCGCCCUGCUGGUCACCAUUCUGAUAUUCAUGGAUCAGCAGAUCACCGCUGUGAUUGUCAACAGGAAGGAGCACAAACUCAAGAAAGGAGCCGGCUAUCACCUGGACCUGUUCUGGGUGGCCAUCCUGAUGAUCAUCUGCUCUUUCAUGGGUCUGCCUUGGUACGUGGCGGCCACCGUCAUCUCCAUCGCCCACAUUGACUCUCUGAAAAUGGAGACCAAGACGUCAGCCCCCGGGGAACAGCCCAAGUUCCUCGGCGUCCGGGAGCAAAGAGUCACCGGGAUCAUGGUGUUCAUCCUCACAGGACUCUCUGUCUUCAUGGCUCCCAUCCUCAAGUUCAUUCCCAUGCCUGUUCUCUACGGUGUGUUCCUCUACAUGGGCGUGGCUUCACUCAAUGGCGUCCAGUUCAUGGAUCGCCUGCUGCUAGUCCUGAUGCCAGCCAAGCACCAGCCGGACCUGAUCUACCUGCGACACGUCCCCCAGAGACGCAUCCACCUCUUCACCUUCAUCCAGGGCCUGUGCCUGGCUCUUCUCUGGAUCCUCAAGUCCACCGUGGCUGCCAUCGUCUUCCCCGUCAUGAUCUUGGCGUUGGUCGCAGUGCGCAAGGCCAUGGACUACGUGUUCUCCCAGCACGACCUCGGCUACCUGGACGACGUCAUUCCAGAGAAAGACAAGAAGAAGAAAGAGGACGAGAAGAAGAAGAAAAACAAGAAGAAGGGAAGCAUCGACAGCGAGGCAGACUUCUCUGACUACCCAUACCAUGAAAAUGUCCCCAGUAUAAAAAUCUCCAUGGAUAUGAUGGAGAAGGAGCCCAUGUUGGGGGAUAAAUCUCUGGAUAGAGAUGAACCGCACAAUUUCCUUAACCCGCAUUCACCGUGCUGAGCAUUACUUUGAGUCUCCCACUGUGGCCGAGUAAUCUUGAGAGAGGUUCAUACACACAAGGUUUGCCUCAGAUUCAAAUAGGCCGGGACUCUGAGGAUAGAGGUUUCUUCUGGAGGCGGGGCUCUGAAACUGAUCUGUGAACCAAUCACCCCAAAGAAGUGACUCCUUCUUUUUUUGUGUUUUUGUUUUGUACCAAAAAAAUCUCAACGGAGUUGAGAACGUUUGUCUUAAAAUCAAAAACCCUUUGUUGGUACAGCAUUUUAAUGAGGAGUUGUUUAUCUCGCCUUCAUCUGCGGGAUUCCCCGCAGGAAACAAAAGGGCUCAUCAAAGUCUUCUGCGUGCCGUUUUUUUUAUGGAACAUCGACGUCCUAACAAUGAAUGUGUACGAUAAUAAUUCAGCUACAGAGAGGAGACAGUAGGUUUGUUUUAUUCCAAACAUCACCAGCGUUUCUGGGUAGUGCUGUUGUUUUAAAAGUCAUUUCUGAUGGGUUGUUUUUUUUUUAUUUGUAGGACUACUGUCAUUUUUAAAAAUGAAGUCGAGGUAUUUCAUAUAGAGGCGAGUACUGUUGUUUUUUUUUUUUUG